UACACACAAACACGGAGCACCGUUACCCCUGCUGCACGGGACCGAUCGGAGGAUUUCCUCCUCCGGAUCGAUGCGCUGAUCAAUCCGCUGCUGCAUGUGGAUGCAAUGAAAAGGGAGGAAACCAUGGCAACGGGCUCCAGGUGAAGUUGAGUGACGCAGUGACAAUCACCGAGAAUUUCCGUCUCUUCCUUCUUGCAGCUCCCUGGUGAAGCAUGUCGUCCUCCUCCUCCUCCUCCUCUUCCUCCUCUUCGUCCUCCUCAUCCUCGGAGCUGCCCUACUUCUGUCCUCGCUGCGGUGACGCUUUCCGCUUCCCGUCUGUACCUGAGCUCCGGGCUCACCUGGUCAGUCGACACACCUACGAGACGCUGCUGGUGCUGUCGCAGGCUCGAGUUAGGAGCUCCAGAUCUGGCGUCCUGCUCCCCCUCCCUGGUCAGGCCGUGUCCCAGACACAGAGCUCCUCUCUGGGCAUGGAGGCCUCCAGCCUCCCCCUGCCACUGGCCUGCCUGGACCUGGCCUCGUCCUCCGCCUCGAUGCAGCUGCUCAGGGGGAUGUUCGGCCCUGCAGGGAGAGCUCUGCCUUCGUCUACAGGACCUCCAGAGGAACCCUCCACGGCUCUGGCCCUGCCCGGCUCUCUGGGGCCCCUCCCCGUGACCAGAUUGGGCCCUCUGGGGGUCCAGCUGGGCCUAGAGCUGGGGCUGGCAGUGGGCGUGGGGCUGGAAGAGCGGCUGGGGCUCGGCCUGGACCGCAAGAUCGCCCGGACAUUCGCGGAGGUGGAGGAGAGGGUGAACCGCCGCGUGGGCCGGCUGAGGGCGGAGCUGCACAAGAGGGAGGCGGAGCUUCAGCGGGAGAGGCGGAGCGGCGAGCGGCUGAAGAGCGAGAAACAGGAAGUGGAGGAGAGGGCGGCGUACCUGUCCAGACAGGUGUCUGCUGCUGUGGAGAUGAUGCAGCGACUGAAGAACGAUCUGGAAGGAAAAGAGAGAGAGCUGAAUGAACGACAACAGGAGAUGGUGGACAUCGAGUGUUUUCUGAGGGAGACUGCAGAUAAAGAAGCUGAGGCCAAAUCCAGACUGCAGGUGUUCAUCGAGACGCUGUUGGAGCGAGCCGACCGAGCGGAAAGACAGUUACUGUUGCUCGGCUCACACACACAUCCAAACCACUACACACACACGUACGCCGACCCGUACACACUCUCUGACGGGUACGCACCUGAUCCGGGCCGGGGAGGGCGGAGUCUGGAUGCCAGCACUGAUGACAUCAUUGCAGACAAGAUGCAGGGAACCAUCGGAAACCGGAGGAGUUACAGUGUCUCAGGCUCCUACAGACUGGGAGAGCAGCUGUACAGCCAACAUCACUACAGCGGUCUCACUGGUCGUAUGAGGACGAUGUCUCUGGGUUCAGGGGGCUGGGACGGUGAGGGGGGGCUGGUCCACCCCCACCUGUACGCUCCAGCCUGGAAUGGACGAGGAGACGGGAGGAGGCAGAAGACCUUCUGGGUCGGAGAUGGAGGAUGUGGGAGAACAUGGAGCAAAAGAAACCGCCGCCACCACAGCACCGAAGAAGAAGAAGAGGAGGAUGAGGAGGAAGAGGAGGAAAAUGAAGAGGAGGAGGAGGAGGAGGAGGAGGGGUUCUGGAGCAGUGCUGAGAUGAGGAGACUCGUGUUCGCCAGGACACACACACCUGCUUCAGAAGCCCCCUCCUCCCUGCGCUCCACGCCAUCCCGUCGGCAGCUGGGGGCGGAGUCCCUGAGGCUGAGGGCGGGGCUGUUCUGUGUCUUUCCGUACCUGGAUGUGCGCUCCUUGCUGCGAGCGGCCGAGGUCUGCUCUGAUUGGCGGUUUGUGGCCAGGCACCCGGCGGUUUGGACACGCCUCCGACUGGAGAACGGCAGAGUGUCGGCUGAGUUCCUGACCACCCUGUCCCAGUGGUGCACUCAGACUCAGUCAGUAGCUCUGAACAACCUGAAGCCUCGAAGCCGACGAGCCAACGAAACGCGAGAAGAUUACCAUAAAAACACACGGGGCGGCGUGGAGGCGGGGCUGGAGGCUCUGCUGCGGUCAGCAGGGGGCAGUCUGCUCCACCUGUCUGUCUCUCAGUGUCCUCACAUCCUCACAGACAGGACGCUGUGGCUCGCCAGCUGCUACUGUCGCAACCUACAGAGCCUCACCUACAGGAGUUCAUCAGAUCCUCUGGGUCACGAGGUUCUCUGGGCCCUGGGUGCAGGCUGCAGGAACAUCAGCAGCCUGCAGGUUGCGCCAGCUCACCCCUGCCAACAGCCGACUCGUUUUGGGAAUCGCUGCCUGCAGACGAUUGGUCGAUGCUGGCCACACCUCCGCUCGCUCAGUGUGGGCGGGGCCGGCUGUGGGACUCAGGGAUUGGUCACUUUGUUGCGGAGCUGUGCUCACCUGCAGCAUCUGGAGCUGGAGCGCAUCACUGACCUCGGCCUGCAGGCGGCAACAGAGCUGUGUGCAGCAGGGCUGCAGCACGUGGAGACUCUGAUCCUGACACACACACCUGUCAGCGGUCAGGCCAUCCUGCACAUACACAGUGUGUGUGAGAACCUCAGGUGCAUCAUGGUCGAGGUCUCCGUGUCGGAUUACUUUGAGGAGCCGGACACUCCGGAGGCUCGGCAUCUGUUCAGAGAGAUCGUCGACACGCUGAGGGUCCUUCAGAAGCGUCCUGGACUGUGUGACGUCCUGCAGGUGAAAGCUGAAGGAUCCUGCUGACCUCAACACAGACACACACACACACAAACACACACACACACACACACACACACACACACAGUGAGGACUUCAUAACAUCAUGAUUCCUUCGAGCCUCGACCCUGAAGCCAGGGGUCUAAACUCAAUUUUGAGGGAUAGAAAACGGAAAAUCCUGUCAAUAUUAAUGCAGUUUUAGGUGUUUUUAAUUCAUAAUUUUAAUAUGUUUGUCUGCAUUUAUCUCUUGUUACACAAACAUUUGCUCAACAAUUAUUUUAUGAGCUCUCCUGAACCUUAUCGCCCUCACGUUAGCGCUCACUUUAGCAGAGAAAAACUGGGGAAAUGGUGAAAAUCUGUUCUGUGGUGGUUCAGUCAAGGCUUCAUACAUGAAUAUUCACCGUCAGUGUUGCUGACAAUAAUGCCAAAUAAUGCUGCCUCCAUGUGCUGUGGGAAUAUUCAGGAUUUUUUUCUUUAUUUCUCCUACAACUUGGGAAUGUCAAGUAAGGUUUUAGCACUCAAGGUGACUUCACAUAAACAAUCCGGACAAAAUCUUGGGUUCAGGGUAAGAAAGUUUGUAAUAAUAUACAAGUAACCACAAAAACUUAGCAUCUGUUACUACAGACACCUGAACUAACACCAGAAAUUUGAUUUUCCCAAUGUUACUACGGACACCUGAACUAACCACAGAUACUUGACUUUCCCACUGUUACUACAGACACCUAAACUAACCACAGAAACUUGAUUUCCCCACUGUUAUUACAGACACCUGAACUAACCACAGAAACUUGAUUUUCCCACUGUUACUACAGACACCUGAAAUAACCACAGACACAUGCAUAAACCAUUACAAAUUAUUUUGAACAGUGUUAAGUUAUGACUGUUAGAUCAGUUAGAGUAGUUAUUUAUUUGCAAAAUAGACAAGUGAAGCAAAGCAACAUUUUGAUGGUUUUAGGAAUAAUGAAAUACUCUGAGCAAUAACAAUACAACACAAAUUGUUUGUAGCUUCCACAUUUUGACCUAAAGCCAAGAUAAAACAGUUUGGUAUUAAUUAGCUGGUUAUUUACAGACAAUAUUUAGCCAAAUGUGAUCCAAUAAAAUAUGCAAAGAUUUCCUAAUAAUCACUAUAUGAAGAUUUAACAGGCUGGAUACAAAAUAAUUAUUGAACAUACAUGUCUGACAUGUAUGACAAAUGUUUGUUUAACAAGAGAUAAAUGCAAAAAAAGUUGUCAUAAUCACACCUGAAAAUGCAUCAAAUUGCAUCAACAUCAAUGGGAAUUCUUCUACCUCCCAGAAGGGGGCGCCACUUAGACUCUUUGUACUUACUUGUGCCUAUUUGUGUGACAUAUUCCCAGUGGUGAAACAUGACUAAGUACAUUUACUCGAGUACUUUACUGAUGCCAAGUCUUUACCCCAAAAAAACUGCGGGGCCAACAUGUCCUCACUGCCACAGUCUAAAAUGCCGGUCCUCACAAAGAUAGACAUACAAGAAAACACACACAUUUUGGGAAAACGCCUUCUUACCGACUUUCAAGGUGGAAAUGAACACAUCAGGCAGAUAUUAAGUUUCUCCAACAGUGUUGUAAAUAUUCUGUUCCUGACUCUGAAUUUAACCCUUUACACAUUAUUUCACUUUAAUGCUUCACAAACUAUUUUUUUCUAUCACACUCGUCUUUUUUUGCACUGAAUAAAGAAAAUCCUCUUUCCUAAACCUCCCCAACACAAACCUUUACCUUUAAAUCUUCUUUUCUUACUCUAUUUUUAAUAAAAACCUAAAACUUUCUUAACAAAAACCUGUUUUCUUUUUUAACGAAGCUGAAUUCACAGCUUUACUCCCCCUUAAAGUGAUCCGUAUUCCUCACUUUAUAUUCCCCUGGCUGCUCCUCAAGCUUUAAAAAAAAAGUCCAGCCUGAAAUAUUAGCAAUUAUAAUUUUAGGAAAAUCCUCAUUCUACCUUAAAAAGCCAUAAUUGUUGUACUGAAGUCAAAGAAACUUCUUAUUUUAGCUUUACAAGAAAAAUAAGCAAAAGCACGCGUAUGCACGGAUACAUUUGCACAUUGACUCGUACACCAAAGACAUCAAUCAAUCAAUCAAUCAAUCAAUCAAUCAAUCAAUCAAUCAAUCAAUCAAUCAAUCAAUCAAUCAAUCAGUUGAUCAGAUGUGUAGGAGUUCAUCAUUUGUCUUUUUAUGCAAUUUCAAAGGUGCUACAUGUGUCAUUUUAACAUCAAUAAAUCAUUUUCU